GUGGGAGAGAGCGUGGGGGAUCCGUGCGGGUCGCCGCCAUGCGGGAGCGGAGGCCGGCACCGGCCGCGCCGGUCCGGUGCAAGCUGGUGCUGGUGGGCGACGUGCAGUGCGGCAAGACGGCCAUGCUGCAGGUGCUGGCCAAGGAUUGCUACCCCGAGACGUACGUGCCCACCGUGUUUGAGAACUACACGGCGUGUCUGGCCAGCGAGGAGCAGCGGGUGGAACUGAGCCUCUGGGACACCUCCGGCUCUCCCUACUAUGACAACGUGCGUCCCCUGUGCUACAGCGACUCGGACGCCGUCCUGCUCUGCUUCGACGUCAGCCGCCCCGAGACCCUCGACAGCGCAGCCAAGAAGGUGGGGAGGGGGCUCAGACCCCAGGACAGUGUCCCUGUGAGGUUUGGGGGGCUCAGAAACACAAGGAGACCGAUCCUGUGGGGUUUGGGGGUUCAGGGAUGCAGGGACACUGAGCUGGGGGGGUCCCUGUGGGCUUUGGGGGGUGGAGGGACAGGGGAACAAUGAUUUGAGGUGAUCCCUGUAGGGUUUGGAGGGCACAGGGACAUUGUCCUAGGAGGUCCCUGUGGGGUUUGGGGGUUCAGGAAUGCAGGGACACGGUCCAGGAGGGGUUUCUGUGAGGUUUGGGGUAUACAGGGGCAUAGAUCUGGGGAGUCCCAUCUGGGUUUUGGGGCUUCAGGGCUGUCAGGACACUGCCCUGGGAAGUCCCUGUGUGGUUUGUGGUGCCCAGGGAUACUGAGCCAACUUCCUGUGGGAGUUGGGGAUACAGGGCUGGGACACACUGUCCCUGGAGAUCCCUUUGGGGGGC